GAAAUAGGAGUCCCCUCACUGGAAGUCUUCUCAAACUUGUUAUCGCGAACAGCCGUCGUUAGGAGACGAUGCCUGGCUUUCAAGGGCGAUAGUUGGAUAUCGACGUUUGCGUGCAUUUCUCAGUGAAGGAUUUCAGACGUGAGGCGCUUGCAGGCUACUUGAUACAAAGUUGCUCACUUUCGACGGGACGAAAAGGAGAUAUUUCUUUGGGGGGACCGUUUAGACAGCAUUUCCAAGUCGCAUUUCUGGCUGGAUGGAAUAAUUUCCAUAAUAACACUAAGCAAGCGGUCCAAGUGUUUUGAGGAAUAAUACAAACAUAAGUGAAGGAACCAGGAUGGAUACAACUCCGAGCGUCAAGUCUAAGAUCGUGGUGGUUGGAGACAGUCAGUGUGGUAAAACGGCGUUAUUGAAUGUAUUCGCCAAAGACAGCUUUCCCGAGGGGUACAUCCCCACGGUGUUUGAAAACUACACGGCGGAUUUCGAGAUCGACAUGCAGAGAGUUGAGCUGCGUCUGUGGGACACUUCAGGCUCACCGUACUAUGACAACGUGCGACCCCUUUCCUAUCCCGACGCCGACGCGGUCCUCAUCUGCUUUGAUAUCAGUCGACCAGAGACACUGGACAGCGUGCUGAAGAAGUGGAGGGGAGAGAUCCAGGAAUUCUGUCCAAACACCAAGAUGCUGCUGGUUGGAUGCAAGUCCGACCUGAGGACUGAACUCUUCACCAGAUCCCACAGCAGACAGACACCGGUGUCGUAUGACCAGGGCUCCAAUACGGCCAAGCAGCUGAGCGCUCCCUACAUCGAGUGUUCCUCCCUGCAGUCGGAGAACAGCGUGCGGGACAUCUUCCACGUGGCCACGCUGGCCUGCGUCUCCAAGAACAACAAGAACGUGAAGCGCAGCAAGUCCUCCCGGGCCACCAAGAGGAUCGCCCGCAGUCGGACGGACCUGCCCGUGGCAGUGACGGACUAUAAGCAGACCAAAGCCAAGACGUGUGUCGUCAUGUGAACAGCAUCAAGCUAUGGAUUAUUCCCUCUGGGAAAGCAAAAACCAACUCCCCCCCCCUCCCCUCUCUCUCGUCCCGUCCCCAUCCACCCGACGUUUUGCACAAUCGGUGCAGACCAUCUUUCAAAGCACCUCAUAACCAUUGCCAACUCUAUGUAGGAGGAAUGCUCCUGGAUGAAGAAUCAUGGCGUUGUAUAUUAUGCUUGAUCCGUGUUGAGGUGUAUGAAGAGAUGAAGUACCAUUUCCUGAACUGAGUUGAUUUCUGAUUGCUUUGCUGCGUUUUUCUGGGUUUAAUUGGAAUCUAGAGUGAGCCCACCCUCAGACUAUAGGAGUCAAAGGAUGGCCAAGAUUCAACUGAAUGGGAACAUUAGCCAUAACCAGCCAAGCCCAGUGGAAACAGGGCAACUGCACUCAUGUAAUCACUGAAAAGGACUUGUAAAUGUGAAGGAAAGUGAUUUUCUAAAUAUACAUACCUUAAGUGCUUCAUUUUUCUGAAGGCUUCAAAAGGUACAAUCUUUCUUGUUGUUUCUGUAUUCUUUACGAUACACUCGGGAACCAAAGGGAAAAAGUAGCUAGGCAAAAACGUUUAGUGAUGUUGUACAAGUGGGGCACAGUUAUGUUCUUUCAUGUUUAACUGAGCCUUGCAUGCCAUAUGUUAUUCUUCAUUAUGCUUGUAUGUUGUUUUAUACAAUAUGUAGUGUUUUAGCUCAAGUGUGAUCUAACAUGGGGAAAACAAAAAAAAACUGUGAUGAAAUGGUUCCCUUAAGAUUUCAUUGUAAAAAAUAGUAGUUUAUUAAAUGUGUUUUUCUGUAUUCCA